AAAAUGGACGUCUUAAUUGAUAAAUUUUUGAAUGAUGUUGGUAACGAAUAUCAAUUAACAUACUAUACCACAGAAUUGCAACUUUAUUUUGAAAAACAUCAUAUUUUUGAAAUAUUAUUUGAUUUAAUGUUAAUUUUAGCGAAGGAACGUCCGCUUGAUAUAAAGACAUUCAUCGCAGCAAAUAUUAUAAGCAUCUCCAAGAAAUAUUCUCAGAUCAAUACCUUUAUUAGCGUUCCGGAUGAUGUUGAUACUACAUGUGUUUACCGCUCUUUGAUACACGAUGGCUAUAAUUGUCCUGUUAUUGAAGUGAACAAAUCUUUUAACAAAAGAACUGGCAUCAAUCGCUUAAAGGAAUGGUUAAAAAAUUUGAAGUUGGAUGGAAAGAAUCUCAUCAUGAUAGGUAAUAGGCAAAAAUUAAAUCAUGCUAAAUCCGCAUUCUACUUUCGUCGCCUGGCAGCUGCCAAUGAUGAAAAAUCACUACAGAAGCUGAGUAGCCGUAUUUGCGAAAACUCGAAUUUGCUUAAGGUCGAUCCUCAUCACUUCGCCAUUAAAUAUGCUGAACGAAUAGUUCUUCUUGGUCGUCCUGGCUGUGGUAAACAUCGAAUAGGAAAAUGGCUUGCCGAGCGAUUGAACGUUAUUUUAGUUUCUGCUUCAGAAUUAAAAGCACAUCACGAACGACAAUUCGAUUCUUUCGGCCGUGCGCUUAGUAUUGGUUCGCUGGAAAAUCUGCACACUUCCGAGCUAAUAUCAUCAAUAGUGCAACAUCGGCUAUUACAAUUGGACUGUCUGAAUUUCGGGUGGGUGCUGAUAGAUUAUCCUAACACGGCUGAUGAUGUAAAGAACUUCUAUCAACUGAUGAUUUCACCAAAAAAAGUGAUUUUCUUAAAUACCGAUGAAACAAUUUGUCGACGUCGAAAAUUACGUCAUGAAACACGUGGCCAAAAAAUAUCUGAUUGCUGGAAAACAAUGAUGUUGGACACAGAGAUGAUAUUCUACGACAUUCACUAUCAAUCUUUACUUGAAGCCUUUCAAAAACAAGAACAUUGUGCUAUACUACAAAUUGAUGGAAAUCGAUCAUAUCCUAAUAUUCAAAAAUCUAUUGUUGAUAAAUUGAUGAUCAAGCACAAUAUGUAG